ACCACCUAAUCUCAAUCAAUCACUCAUUAGUUUCUCUCAAAUUUAGCUUCUUUUCUUUUCGUUUCCUUCUUUUUCUUACUUGGGUUUCUGUUUUUCUGAUUGAAUUCAUGUUUGGAUCGACGUAAUUUGGUCCUCUGCUCCCAAAGUGUCCAAUAUACUAUGGCAGACACUUCGAACAAUCGGGAGAGUGCCGGUGUCGAAAACACCGAUGAGUGGUCAAGGUUUAUGAACUUACUUGAAAUAGAGAAGAAUGCAUGGGAUGUUGCCUCGAAAGACGUAGUUGGAAAAGAGCUUGACAAUCUGGACACGUGGGAGACAUUCUACGAUUUCUACUCCAAGCUCAUAGGCUUUAAGUACAGAAAAAAUGAUGUCAGGAGAGAUUUUGAUGGAAACAUUUGGAGUAGACGUUUCACUUGCUCGCGAGAAGGGUUUCGCAGGAAAAAGUGGCUACAACUAGAAAACCGUAAGAGAGGGCCGACGACCGAAACCAGAUGCGGUUGCAGAGCUAAUCUACGUGUGAACACAAAUAGAGCCAGCAACAAAUGGAUUGCAAAAGAGUUUGUUCCCGCACAUAACCAUGACUGUGCAUCUUUUAAGCAAAUGCAGUUUCUAAGGUCCAACCUCAGGGUAACUGAUUAUGUUGUUGCCACCAAGAGCGCAUCCUCGAAGAGGGUGGGAACAAAGACUUGUCAUAUAAUGGAUAUCAUCGCUCUUAAGAUAGGGGGACAUGAUGAACUCCUUAGAGCUCGCAAAGCAAAGGAGAAAGAUGCUAAAAUCAUUGAUUCGGAUGGCGCACUAGGUUACAUUCAAUGUUUAGCUCGUAAUCAUGGUGGCGAUUUCUAUUGCGCAUACAAUGCGGAUGAAGAAAAUAGGUUGUGUAAUAUUUUCUGGGCCGAUGGAAAGUCACGAAGAGAUUAUGCCGCUUUUGGAGAUGUUUUGGCUUUCGACACCACUUUUAAGACCAACAAAUGCAAUAAGCCAUUACUACUGCUAGUUGGGGUUAACCACCAUAUUCGGACAACAGUUUUCGGUGUUGCUCUGUUAUGCGAUGAAACUGUUGACUCAUUUGUAUGGGUGCUGCAGAUGUUCCUUGAAGGAAUGAAUAAUAAGAAACCAAAGGUGAUCCUCACUAAUGGAGACAAAUCUGUCCAAAAUGCGAUAGCACAAGUAUUGCCUGAAGCAACACAUAGACUUUGUGGGUGUCAUCUUUUGGAAAAUGUUGAUAAGAACAUCACAGACAUUAACUUCAGUAGAGACUUCAAGCAAAUUAUAUACGAGUUCUAUUCCGAGAAUGAGUUCUUAGAGCGUUGGGGAGCAUUGACCCACGCCUACAAACUCGAAAAUAAUGAUUGGGCAAAAACAAUGUUCCUUGAAAGGGAUAGUUGGGCAGAGACAUAUUUGCGUGGCAACUUUUUUGGAGGAAUGCGUAACAUGCAGCAAUGUGAAUCAAUGAAUGUAAAUAUAAGACGCUUCCUUGAUAGUACAAAUUGCCUUAUAGAGUUUGUUGCGUGCAUAGACUUUGCAUUGAACAAGAUACGCCAGAAGGAGAUGCAAGAUGACUUCUACAAUCAAAACACUACUCCGUCCCUUCCACAAGGGGAUAUUCUUAGGCCUUACUAUGAGCAAGCUGCCAAUUUGUUCACACGAAGAAUGUAUAAGAAAGUGGUUAGGGAAUUAAAAUUUCAAAAUGCUUACUCAGUUCGCUCGAUGGAGGACCUCGUCAAUUAUCGGCGUUAUUCCCUAACCAAGUUUCCAGAAGGAGAUGCGCCUUAUAUUGUUCAAUAUCGCAAGCUUGAUGGGCACCUUGACUGCACUUGCUUGCUUUUUGAGACUGAUGGUUAUCCAUGUUGCCACAUUUUCUCUGUGAUGAAGUUUCUUAACAUGAUAAGUAUUCCAAAUUCAUUAAUCAUGAGCAGGUGGACAAUUAAUGCAAAGUCACCGUUGCACCAGCAUGCACCACCACAUAACGAGGUGCCACCGGAAAUUAUGGAAAUGGCUAGGUUCGGCUCAUUAAACUCGGAUUUUAACCACCUUGCAUACUACGCAACCAAAGUGGAGGACUACUACAAUGAAACGCGAAUGGAACUUGCCAGACUAACUUUGAAAUUUAAGUCCUUGAUGGAGUCGCAACCAUCUAAUGUGGAUCCGCAUAAUGCCGAGGUUAGUGAAGACGACGAACCUUCUUUCACCAUACAUAGGGAUUCGUUGGUGGUGAGAAACAAGGGAACAGGAAACCGUCAACAACAAAGAGACACUAUGGACGUUGACGAGGGCACUGAUAAUGCAAGAAGAAAGUGUAGCCUAUGCAAGAGCUAUGGCCACAACAGGCAAACUUGCCCAAGAAAAGACAGGGGCAAGAACAAGGAGACUCCUGUCCGAGAGACAAACACAACGCCUAUUGAAUCUCAAGCUUCAACAGAAAAUUACAACUCAGCGGGGACUUUCUACGCACCUCUUUCUCAAUCGCAUAAUGCUGCCUACUCUACCUCCAAGUCCCCGCACAAUGAAAUGCAAAUGCCUCAAUCAGACAUGACAACCACAUGCACUGUCAGCGAUGAUCCAACAACAUUUGACCACCAAGGACCGAUUGAUGACGGGGCAAGAAAAUCAGGAAGAUGAGGAAGAAGAUUGGAUGAUAAAUUGGGAUCGGAGGCGAAGAGCAGCUGCAGUUCAAGUUCUUUGUUAUGUAGUCUAUGUCUUACAAUUACGCCAUGUGUAUUACAGCAAACACCAUGUGAAUCAUUCUGCAACAUGUUUGAAAGGGAAAAAACGCAAUGCUCCAGGGGAUGAUUUGUUUAGGAAAGAGUUUGAAAGUAUGAGGGAAGCAAUUAGUAGUGUCACAGAAGCAAUAAGGGAAGGAAAUGCCAUUGCCAAGAGAAGUAGAGCGCGUGUUUAUUCGGAGGAAGAAGUUUUUGCGGAACUGGUGAAUAUAGGUGUCGAUGAAAGGCUCAGAUACAAAGCAUACACUUUUCUCACUCAAGAUGCUACCAGGGUGAGGGCGUUCUUUGGUUGCCCCGUCGAGGAACGCAAGAAUUUCGUGCUACAACUGAUGUAUGGUCCGCGAAAUCUCUGAUGGGCAGGUUCAAUGUUUUAAAGAACGUAGUUAAACCUUUUGUGAUGUUUUCCUAUUUCUAGAUUUAGCUGGGGGUUGUUCUGUAGAGAACUUGUCUCAAACUUCGAGCCAGUAUGGUAUGUCACAUGAUUUGAGAAAUUUUCAUAUUCAGCUUACUGUUGAUAGAUUCUGAAUGGAUGGUUUUGUCAUGUUGUAUUAGAUUUCUCUUUCACUUUCACACGAGUUUUAAUUUUCUUGAAUCUGUCAAAGAUCUACUAAAGCUAUAACGAGAAUGGAAUUCUUGUAUUACUGG